AUGUAUGUGAUCUUGAACAUCUGCGCGCCCGUCGCAAAGGACUCUAGUGCGGGCACACCCUCACCUUUCUACGUAGUAACUACUUUCGAUAAGGUUUGGAACACCUACGUAAGUUCAGCCCCGGAUCCUCCUUCGCCGUCUUCCAGCCCAACUGCUACGGCAUUCAUCGUGAUCGGAGUUGCGCAAGUUCAACUUCUAAGGCCAAAGAAGGUAAGUAAUGGGUCCUCUACUGCCUAUUUAUAUUACUGUUCCAAACCAGUAAUAUAAACCAGCCAGCAAGCAUAAGAAGUAGAGUGGGUUUAAAAUUCAAAUGGAAUAGGCGACUCUGAUUCUUCUGCCAAAUGACCCUGCCCGAAUUGCAAACAGCGAAGUUUUGGGCCUUAAGCCUGGGUUCAUAUGGUCAUUCGGUUGUGAGAUUUAGCAGUUGAGCGAUGGACUGAAGCGCUGUCAAUUUUGGUCGGUACUACUCAAGGCCGAGUGGGAUGGUUGCGCUCCACCUCGAAUCAAACCCUUGGCAUGUAGUCGGGAUGUGUUAAUUGUGCAAGACUUCCUACUACAUCUAUUUAAGUAGGCGUCGUAAGGUUAAGUUCUCCCGGCCAUCAGCCCCACAGGCAAUCGCAUACUGAUGAGUCGUUAACAAAACAUCGGCCUCUAGACGGGAGCCGCGGAGCAGAACAUAGCUCUGGUGCCCCUUCCUACGCUCAAGCCAGGUCUGUAAAUGCUACUUCUAGGUGAGACUGGUGAAGGAAUGUCUCGUGGUACUGACUGAUUGGAUUUAAAUUCCGUCUUCAAAAUUCGUAUAAAUUACGACUGUUAGGCUCAUCCGCAAUGUGAUGAUCCUCCUUGUUGGAUGUGAUUCCAUCGGUUGAUUCCGUAGUCAGCCUCUAGCAGGUCUUGGACCUGUUAUAGUAACUCGAUGUUUAGGUGUUUGGGAUACAGACGCGUCCAUCUCCGGUCGCCUUGACGUCGUUUUGCACGGAGGGUGUGCGAGGGGAGACAAAGAGUUUGCGACAGGUACUACACAAGUGUAAACAUCCGUCUCGCCCCAGAUGCGCAUUAGUGUUAAGUUCCCGAGUCCUGCCGACUGGUGGGUGAAGCUUUGUCUGCUAACGGAGUACGUAUCGAGUACCUAUACAAUUUGUGAUCUUUUUCAAGCAACCGGAUUGUCAAAUCGUGUUCAGCCGCGUCGCAGUUACUAUGACUGGCAGUCCGCUUACUUUGCAGGUAAACCUUCUUAAAUUUCAUUCCGAGUGGGUCAAAAGACCAGGGCGGACAGUGUGCUGUCCUGACAGUCUAAGAUGCGAUGUUCAGCAUUAUCGUGCUUAGCAAAGUGUCUGUACUUUUUACGCUUUUAUAAGAGUUCUUCCCCCAAACCAAUGUACACAUCUGCUCAUCUCAUCCUUUUUUAGCUGCCAGUUGAAUUUAUGAUCGAAAAUCCCCCAUCAGCGGAGUCAGAGAGCGUGUCGAUUGAACCCUUGAAGGUGAGAAGAGCGUUUGCUUUAGUCUGUCUCUGGAAAACGUCAGGAGUGCUGAUGAACACAGUGGCGGAAUUAAAAGCCAAGAAAAUCCUUCCUAUCCUGACUGGUUGCGGAAAUUAUAAAGUUUAGCGAAAAACCGCAUACUGUGCAUCUGAGUAUGGCAUGUUUUUUAUUAGUUAGGAACAAAAACUGUCCUCCGUGAUAUGACAGUCCACCCGUCGGUUCUCAGAAUUUGCGUGCCGCCAUUUUAAGAAUUUCAGUUGUAGGUCUUCGACGCUUUCGUAGUCUUGCUCAACCCAUCAUAAAGAGCAGGUUAAUAAAUUCCAUAAGAACUGAUGCAAGUGUCCAGAUGUGAUUUUUCAAAAAAUAAUACUUAAACAAGCCUUCAGUUUGGCGUAGUUUUUGACCGACGUUCACGUCGAAACGAAUUCGGAGGGCUCACAAAGUCACGCAGUUCCCUAGAGCACCCCUUAUCUGUUUCUCUUCCAGACCAGACAUACGUAAAACUCCUCCAGACAUCCGGCUCGAUCACUGGCAUCUGUCAGUUGAGAGUUAAUCAUUGUUUGCAAAUGCCUGAUGAGGUAAAAUGACAGUGGUAGGAUGUAGGACCUCAACUAACCCGAGGUAGCCUGUGGACCGUGUCAUACGUUGAAUGGUUGUAGAGGGGACGAAGAGCGGGCGGAAUGCAAGAAAAUACAGAAAAUAAAUAAAUAUCUGCCCGGAGUCUUAUUGCAUGCUUCCAUACGACAAAGAACGUGAGCGCGAUAAUUUAAAAAAGUAGACAAAAGCAAUUUUUAGGAAUUAGGGAUAUUUAAAUUGCCGGCCGCUCUCAGAUUAAAGUUCAAUCAGGAAGCCCAGGACAACUCAACCAAUGGGAACGGUGGAUAAUGGGUGAUGUUGACAGUCACACGGAAUUUUAGUUGCCAGCUAGGUGGGAUCCUGCACCCUAACGUUACUAAUUAAGCUAUCGGAUAUCUAGUGCAUUUGUUUCUGAGGUAUUAAAAAUGAGAAUGUCCCAUUUAAAGAAGCCUCCGCUUGCUCACCAACAUUCGUGGUCCAUUCUUGUUGCCGUCUUUGUCGUUUUUAUGCUAAUGGUCUGCGAGAGCUUCCAGACAUUCCGCAGCCAUUUGGUAGUUGUCGUAACGACGAUGGCGACGAUGAUAAUGAUGAUGAUGAUGAUGAUGAUGAUGAUGAUGAUGAUGAUGAUGAUGAUGAUGAGGAGGAGGAGGAGGAGGAGGAGGAGGAGGGUGGCCCAAUGAUAGAAGGUGGAAUCUCCCUUAACCGGGCUGCACCAGCCUUGAAACGUAGAGUAGGUGGGCUAACUAAUGAAAUGUCAACCGAAAUUCCGAAAGGUGUUCUCGUUCUGAAAAGGUUAACUAAGUAGCGCUGUAAAAUUAGUCAACCUGAAAUAUAAUUAUAUGGUAAUUCAGUUACCCCAGGGUGCUGUCUUUCGAACGGACUUCCUUCCGACUGCAUGCAAAAACUUUACUCUACAGAAAAUGGCUACUUAAGUAGUAUGCAUUUUCUAAUUGAUUUUCGAUGUCCUUAAAAAUUCAAUUAUAUUUCAUGGAAAUCAUGCAUAAAAAUAUUUAUUCUUUCACUCAUUCGGUAGAACAUUACAUCCUUUACCAAAUGUAUACUCAAAGGAAGGAUACUAUUCGGUUUUCAAAAGCUUUUCCGAUUCCCGAAUAAUUUUGAGCUCGCGUACGGAAAACCACACAUUUCUCUAUGGUAAUAAAGGGGGACUAUAUUGGUUCAUAAAACUUAGCAGUGGACUUGAUCCAUAUUGUCAACUUUACAGAACACAUUGGCAAAUUCAGAGACAUGACUAUUUAUGAACGGCUAUUUUACGGUAUUUAAAAGUCCCCCAAUUCGAAACUUUUUUAAAACCGAAUUAUGACCCUCCUUCGUGAAUAAUAUUGGAAGAAGACGUAAUGUUCUACCGAAUGAGUGAAAGAAUAAAUAUUUUUAUUCAUGCUUUCCAUGAAAUAUAACUGGACUUUUAGGGGCAUCGAAACUCAAAGAGAAAAGUUCAUGUUACUUAGAUAGUCAUUUUUAGAGUGUUGUUUUUGCAUGCAGCGGGAAGGAAUUUCAUUCGAAAGUCGGCAUCCUGAAGUAACUGAAAUAUUAUAGAAUCAUGCUACAGGCUGAUUAGUUUUAUAACCAUACUUACUUAAUAAUUUUUGGAAAGGAAAUCGCAUUUCGGGAUUUCAUUUCGCGAGUUAGCCCGCCUACUGUAAGAUAGUGCCAAAUCUGCAUGUUUGACUUCUAGAAAAAAAUUAACCCAUGGUAUGCCUCUUUCCGCCAGAGAGACGGCGGUCUCUUUCUGUGACGUUGAUCUUCUUCUAUUUGCGUUGCUAACGAUGGUUAUUUCAUCUUACUUUCAGGGUUCACUAGACCUAGGUUGCGAACAGGUACUACGCAUCACCUGGGAACCGAAGCUACAUCAGGUAAUACCAUGAAAACUGCUGUGAUGACUUUUAACCAUUUUUCGGCCUUAAGUAACUGGCGUUCUUCAUUUCGGAAGUCGGCGGAUGAAAUAGGCCGAAGGCACAUCUUCUGCUAAAGCAAGAUCAUUUUGGAUCAAGAUGAAAACGCCGAAGUCGCCGGGGAAUUCCUUGUCUAAUAUCAAAUAUCCAUAUAGCGUAUCCUAAUUUUGCAUAUAUCGCUUGUGUCAUGUUACCACCCUGCAUUUUGUUAGAUUUAAAGUCAUGGCUUCUAAAGCAUCGUGGUAGUUUGAGUGCACACCUGUCGGGAUUUAGUGGGAACACACUUUAUAGGUCCUUCUCUAUGGGAAAAACAAAGUCCAAGGGCCUAUCCGUGAUUUAUGGAUGUCCGCAAGCGUGCAUGACUCCCUACAAAAAUAGCUAGUCUUCACAAGGAUAGUCUGGCUUUCGGAGAAUCUAGGUCGCCUUUGAGCACCGAAAUCUCAUUGCCGUGCCUUUCAGAUGCCAAGCCGUCACGAUUCAUCUUCGCAUGUAUGAUGUGCCGGCCAGCCGUUUGGUCAGCGCUCUACCAUUGGGCCAUGAACUCACGCACUGUUCGACUGCCCUUUGAGACAAUGAAAAUUUCCCCUAUAUAAUGUCUACUGGUCGAUAUCUAUCGUAUCAUUGCAAUGUUUGACCUAGCGCAGUUUGUGACAAGUCAAGCAAGAAGAAAUCUGGACGAAUAACUCGCUUGCGUAACCCGGACCCCUUUUCCUUUUAUCAAACUGGCUAUGAGAAGGCCUGCAUGAGAAGACCCUUGCAUGAUAUGAACGGUGCUUUUUCAGGUCCGGUAGUGUGAUGUUUGUGGACUAAAGCAGCCCGGUUUGAAUGGCAGUCCAGUGCAACGAAGAUAUACUCCCCAAAAACAUUCUUCCUUGCCUAAUUCCCCGUUUUUUCCCCUAGGACCCAAAGAGUGCCGUAACGCUCAACAUUCUUUUCAAAGGAGAUACAGUAUACCGUCAGGCAGUCAGUGUUUCGGGCAGAAUACUGUGA